GUGGACGCGAAGAAAAGAAAGUUUUUGUGAUUCUACCAAGUUUCCUUUUCUAGUCAACCAAUUAUUACACCACCACCAACAAUACCCAUUACUAUUGAACCUGGAACCAGUUUGUAUUAAAUAGUGCUUUCAUUGGUGCCUUAGCAUCAUCUUGUAACAUUUGUUAUUAGUAAAGUACUUUUUCAUUUUAUCACAGUUCUUUUUAAAGUCAAAUUGGCAACAAGUUGGUUGAAGGACAAGCACACACAUGGACAGGGAAGAAGGUAGAAUGGUGAUCAAGGGGCGUGCACAGAUUGACACUCGAGCCCCAUUCAGUUCUGUUAAAGAAGCAGUUAUGUUGUUCGGAGAAAGAGUCUUGGUUGGGGAAAUUUAUGCCAACAAGCUCAAAGAGAUGCAAGCUGAGGCAAGUGAAACUGGGAAUGCACAAUCCAAACCUGGAUCAAUGGCAGCUGAGCUAGAAGAAACAAAGAAGAAUCUUGAGGGAGCUAGAGAAGAAGCUAGUUUCUUGAGCCAGUGCAUCAAGUCCCUGAAAAAGGAACUUGAUCAGACAAAGAAAGAGCUAGAAGACACAAAGGCAAGAGAGAUGAAAUUGCUGCAAAGAAGGGAUGAUCCAGAGAUUGAAGACCUCAAGUUCAUUGCAAAUGCAACAACCAAUGAGGAAAUCAAAAUACAAAAUGAUGAGGAUGAAGCUGAGUUCCAAAGAAGAAGAUAUGUGAAAUUUGCUAGCCCUCAUGUACUGGCUGAAGUUAUUCCAAAUAAAGAGGACAUGCUUGGGAGACAUCACUCAGUGAAGAAGGGUAAGAAGAAGCCACUAAUGCCUUUGGGGUGGCUUUUUUCUAAAAAGAAGGAAAGCCAUGAAGUUGAUCACUCUCCUAGAGCCUAAGAAGUGCCCUUCUGAUUAGCUGGCUAAUUAACAUGCUUCAAUUUCUAUGGUGAUUUGAUUUCCUUAUUCAUAAAAUGUCUUCUGAUUAAUAAUUACCUGUCUUCAUUUUUUUCUCUGUUUUUCUAGCUAUUUGCUUGUUUUGAUGGUAAAAGGAGAGGAGAGAGUUGCCCCCUCUCGAUUUUGUAAAUCUGUAACUCGUAUUUGCUUAAUGAUGUGCAUUUCCUUGGAGUC